AUUCAGGUGGGUUCAAAACAAAGGUAACACCGGAAGUGACAUGAUUCGAGAGGAAAAGAAGAUCUCACGCCUCAAAAAACCUGCGCGGAAAAAAAAAACCGAAUCGGAAACUAUCCAAAACAUUUCACUAAAGUUUCGAAAGGGUAAAAACUUGGCGAGUCAGUAUGACCUGCAACGGCCUGGCACACUGCAAGGUGGCGCUAGCGUUCGCGGUCAUUUUUGACCUGGUGGGAGUGUUGGUGCUGCUGGCAGGAGUCUUCGUUCCUCUGGAGGUGAAAGGCAGAGACUUCGGCGACCUGUUAGUGUACACAGGAGUUCUUCUGGUACUGAUGUCUCUAGGCGGCUGGGUGAUGUGGUACAGCGGCAACAUCGAAGGCCUGACUGCGAGCAAGGAGAUGGGCCACAUUGGCAAUGCAGUGGACCGCAUUGCGCGCAGGCUCAGCCGCAAAAUGCGCACCCACCGCACCCACCAGGGGCCCUGAAGCAGAGCGGUAGAAAUUCUCAGCACCUAAUUUAGCUUCAUAGUGGUAGUGUACUUAUUUUUUUUUUAGAGCUUUGUCUUGUUUGUGUCUUCUCUGUCUUUUACUCCCUCACUUCAUCACUUGCAGGUUUCAUGUUGCGUCAUAAAGCUGGGAUUAUGCGAUCAUGAACUGUACAUCAUUCAGCUGUUUAUUUCGAGUUACUUUACAUGCUGCAUAUGAUUGAGUAAAAAAAGUGCCAUCUGCCCUCUUCCACAACCACAAACCCAUUGGCCAAUAUCACUGUGAUCGCUCCUCUCUCAACACACAGCCAAUUUUUACCUGGGAUUCAGCCCUACUGCUUCUUUAAUUUGUCUGAACUCUGGACAGGACUGUAGUUAGGAUGUAUAAAUAUGGCUUAAAUAAAGCUGUAGUUCUUUUCAUA